CUUCCUCGUUCUCACAUACCCUCAUCAUGAGCCUCUCCGAUCUCUCCAAGGGCAGCUGCGACGCGCUCCAGAACGCCGCUCAAGGGGAUGCCUCCGUUUUCGAUACGGUUCACACCCUCCAGGUCCUCUCCGUCCGCGUCGUCAAUCAGAACAGCACCGGGGCGACUGUCCCGCGAUUCCGAAUCAUCGUGUCGGACGGCGAACAUUUCGUGCAGGCCAUGCUUGCUACCCAGCUGAAUACGCUUGUAAACGAGGACGGCAACGGGCCCGUCAAGAUCAAGAAAAACACAAUUGUGAACGUGACGAAGAUGACCUGCAAUAUCGUGCAAGGUAAACGCUUGCUGAUUAUAUUAGGGCUGGAAUUUUUUGCGAAUGCCACGGAGAAACUUGGCAACCCCGUUGCUUUUGCGGGCACGGAACCGGUUGCAGCAGGUGGAGACACGCCUUCGAACGACCACCUUCAGAAGCAGCAACAGCAGCAGCAGCCAUCGAAGCCUCCAGUCCAACAGUCCCGACCUGCGCAAUCCAGAGCAGCUCCGCAACAGGGCUCGUCGUCGUCCCAUUCAUCGGCCUCCAUCUUCCCCAUCGAAGGCCUCAGCCCGUACCAGAACAACUGGACGAUCAAAGCCCGUGUCGUGCAGAAGAGCGACCUGAAGCACUACACGAACGCCAAGGGAGAAGGAAAGCUGUUCAACGUCACGCUCAUGGACGAGACGGGCGAGAUCCGUGGCACCGGCUUCAACGCGGUUGCGGACGACUUGUUCGACCGGUUCGAGCUUAACAAGGUGUACUUUAUCAGCAAGGCGCGCGUCAAUAUCGCAAAGAAGCAGUUUUCGCAUCUGACGAACGAGUACGAGCUGGGGUUCGACAGGAACACGCAGGUGGAGGAGUGCACGGAUACUGUUGGCCUGCCGGUUGUUCAGUACCACUUCGUUCCCCUGAACGGGCUGGACUCCCAGCCGAAGGAUUCGAUGUGUGACGUUCUCGCAAUCGCCAAAGAAACCGGUGGUGUCGAAAGCAUCAAGUCCAAAGCAACUGGCAAAGACGUCAUCAAACGCGAUGUGACGCUGGUUGACAGCACUGGAUUCUCUGUCCGGAUGACGCUCUGGGGCAAGCAAGCUGAGCAGUUUGAGGGGUCUGAUCAAGUUAUCGCGUUCAAGAGCGUCAAAGUCGGAGAUUACAACGGCCGUUCUCUCUCAUUCUUCAGCUCGAGCUCGAUGCAAGUCAACCCCGAUACACCGGAGGCUCACGCACUGCGCGGCUGGUACGAUAACGAGGGCGCGAGCCAGACCUUCGCCGCCCAGCCAUCGACGGGAGAGUUUACGAGCUUCGGGGGCUUCAGUCGCGACAAGAUCCAGCCUCUUGCUGAAAUCAAGACUUUGGAGCUCGGUCGAAACGAAGAGAAGCCGGACUACUUCUCGACGCGAGCGACGGUGGUGUUCAUGAAGAACGACAACAUGUGGUACCCCGCCUGCCAGACGGAAAACUGCAACAAGAAGGUCAGCGACGAAUCCGGCAACGGCUGGUUCUGCGAAAAGUGCCAGAAGACCUGGCCUGAGCCGAACUACCGAUACAUCAUGUCGGUUGCAAGCGCAGACUGGUCUGACCAGGCCUGGCUGCAGGGUUUCAACGACGUCGGCGAGCUUGUGCUGGGCAAAACGGCGAAUGAGCUGCAGGAGAUGAAGCAAAACAGCGAAACCGAAUUCGGCGCGUUCAUGCAGGCGGCGUCGUGCCAGACAUUCAACUUCUACUGCCGCGCCAAGACCGACUCGUACAACGGCCAGCCGCGGAUCCGCUACGGCAUCUCGAAGAUCCUGCCGCUGAAUUACAAGGAGGAGGCUACGGUGUUGCGUGACUUGCUGCAGUCGCCUUGGGGCCGCAACGCACGGCUCAGGUCCUCGCAUUGAAUAUGACAGGAAUACUCGGACUUUGUACUUAUCAUCACACCUGCUCUUCCUCUUUCAAUGAUCUACAGACCUUGCUCGAUGA